UCACAUGCCCUAGUAGAUUCCGUUGUCAUGGUAACAGGGUGUGUAUCCCAUGGCAACAGGUGUGUGAUACAAUCCGACAUUGUCCUGAAGGAGAUGAUGAAUAUUUCUGUGACACCCGCUGCCCAGAUGAGUGUGAUUGUAUAGGUGCCUAUGUCACAUGUGCUGGGUUCUAUCUGGACAAAAUUCAACAUCUACCCAAUUAUACAAGAGCACUCAGGUUAAGGGGAAGUUUUAAUAAAACAUUGAAGAAUGAUACCUUCCACCAUAUGGAAAACUUAGCACUCCUGGACCUUUCCUAUCUUGGGGUCCAUGUACUGGAAAAAAACUCUCUAAGUGGACUGAAAAACUUAUUGCAUUUGGACCUCAGUAUGAACUCGGUCAGCUUGUUACCUGAAGGGUUAUUUCCGAGUAUGGGAAAUCUUAUGUCAUUAUUGCUCAAUGGAAAUGGAACGUUCAAACUGACUGCAGCCUCAUUUGAUGGACUAACAAGCCUUCCUUCACUCGACCUUUCUGGUAUUGCUCUUAGGACAUUGAAGAGGGACAUGUUCCAGGGGUUAUCCAGUCUUCUGAAUUUGAACCUUUCUGACAGUAAGAUCACAACAAUAGAAGACAAGAGUUUCAGUGGAGUCAGUAAACUGCACACACUUGAUCUAACACAUAAUUUGAUCACAGAUUUCACGGGAGAUCUAUUCGAUGGCUUAAUACAGCUGAACUACCUGUACAGUGAUAAGUAUGUCUUCUGUUGCUUCAAACCAUCGAGUGUCCCAAAUGAACAAUGUCUACCUGCGGCUGACGAGUUUUCUUCUUGCUCAGACCUUAUGAGGAAUGAAGCUCUGAGAAUAUGCAUGUGGGUUCUGGGCUUUGUUGCUCUCAUUGGCAACCUCCUUGCACUUCUUUUGCGAUGCAUUUACGAUAGGCAGAGUUUUAAACGCAGCAAUGAUUUUUUCGUUGCCAACCUCGCCAUCUCUGACUUAGUAAUGGGUGUAUAUAUGAUCAUCAUAGCAAGCGCUGACGUCAUCUACAGAGGAGUGUACAGCUGGAAUGAUGAGGCGUGGAGAAACAGCUGGGUGUGUCAGCUAGCAGGUCUCCUAGCAACCCUGUCAAGUGAGACAUCAGUGAUGUUCCUCUGCAUUAUCACCUUGGAGAGAGUCCUUGUCAUUAAACUCCCAUUCAAAGAACUUAAGGUCUUUAAGAAACGUUCGAAGUGUAUCAGCAUUUCAAUAUGGUUUGUUGGCUUCCUGAUGGCAGGGGUGCCCCUAUUGCCCAUCGACUACUUUUCCAGGUUGUUCUACUCCAGAUCAGGAGUGUGUCUCGCUUUACCGCUGACCAGGAACAGACCUCCGGGAUGGGAGUAUUCCACCGCUAUCUUUGUCAUCUGGAACUUCAUUUGUUUUGUCUUCAUCGCUUUGGGUCAGGCUAUCAUCUACCAGACAGUGAGGGCCAGUCAGAAGCUGAGGAAGGGGCGGACAACCAACGACAUGGCCAUUGCCAGGAAGCUCUCCUUCAUAGUUCCGACGGACUUCGUGUGUUGGUUUCCUAUCUGUUUCAUGGGUAUGAUGGCUCUCCAGGGUUACGUGAUCAACUCUGAAGUAUACGCCUGGGUUGCAGUGUUUGUUCUGCCGAUCAACUCCGCUCUCAACCCCAUCAUCUACACCCUUUCAGCUGUUGACUCAAUGAGAAAACGGAAGCAAAACAAAACAAAAACAACUUGGACUUCUACGCGAUCAACAGCCAGUACUAAGUCCUCUGUCCCUCACCUCCUGAAGAAAGAAUUCUUAUUGCUGAGCCAGCCCCCGAAUUCGGUCUGUCUGUCCUCUUACAUGGGGUCACUGACGUCAGCCAAAGAUAUGCUAAAUAUUGCUUACCAGCUAGCCAGAUCUGUGCACCUUCUUCACUCCAAUGGGCUUGUCAAUGGCUUGCUGGAGACAGACAGUGUAUACGUUGUCAUCGAUGAGGGAAUCGUCAGAAAAGUUACUGCACCAUGUGUCCCCAUUGCAACGGAAAUGGAGGAAGAUUACAGAAAGGAUAUCCGAGACUUCGGUCAUCUUGUGUCCAAGAUGUUGAAAGCUUAUACAGUUGCUAAGAAACAACAUUUGAGACUUCGGUCAUCUUGUGUCCAUGAUGUUGAAAGCUUAUGCAGCUGCUAAAAAACAACGUCUGGUUUAAAUGGUCAGAUGUUGACGAUUCAAAUGGCUUCAAUGAAAUGACGUUAUGUAUGGAUAUCAUACCCUGCCUCGC